UUCGCGCAAGGGCGCUUUGUCGCGACCGACCGGGGGGCACCUGUUUGAUUUUCCGGCAGUUUUCCGCAUCCCUUCGACCUGGAAACACGUCGAAUUCCCGAGCGUUUUCUCCCGUGUUGCAAUCGCAUUCUCGAACAUCGUUCGCCGGCUUCCCGUUUUUUUUUAUUCCAUCUCGACGGUGUUUUGUGAGUAAAGAGAAAAAGCGGAAGAUGAAAAGCAGCAGAUGCUGGUUGGUUUUACUCGGAGUGCUGCUCUUGCACAAUUGCGUUGCCGUUCCUCUGACGAACGGCGCGCCCGAGGACGAGCCGACGAACGGCGUCGAAGAGGAGGAGGACGAGGAAGAGGACGAGGACGAAUCGAUGGUUCUCGAGGACGAUUUGACGACGCGCGGAUUAGAGCGAUUAAGUUCGGCUGCGACAUGCCUUGUCGCCGGGAUCGAAUACACUCACGGGCAACAGAUAUAUCGCAAAGACCCCUGCGAAUUCUGCCUGUGCCUCGACGGAGAAAUGUUUUGCUGGUGGCAGGAUUGCCCGCCCACAUUGGAAGGCCCGUGUCGAGACAGGGGGCCCUUCUCCCCUUGCCUGAGCAUUCCCGCGAAUCCGCUGGCCUUCGGCUCCUCUUCUCUGCUAUCAUCCUCUCUACUAUCGGCUGCAACAUCACCAUCUUCAACUACAACUUCCAAGGUUCCCGCGAAGGUGGAAUCCUCGAGCCCAUCGAGCACCGCUAAAGCGCUGUUUUCUACACCAUCUACCAUUUUCGCGUCUUCAAGAACUUCGCCGAUUGUUACCGGGAAAACCGAAACUCCGAGUUAUCCGACUGAAAGCAGCAGCCCGUCGGGCGGCAUCGAUUAUUGCACGGUCAUGGGAAAAAUCUACCAAGUGGGAGACAAAUUGCCCCACGAUACCGGCAACUGCUUGGAGUGCAUCUGCGGUCAGGGGGCCAAAGUGACGUGCUCCCCUCACCAAUGUGCACCGGUCGAAGACGACAUGAACGACUACCACCUGUCGGGCGCCAGGCAACAGAAUGUUCCAGACAUUUUUUAGAUCCGCAAACUCCUAAGACUAGAUAUCACGGCGCCCCGUUCAGCGCUCCUUUUUUUUAACCCUAAUCAAUCCUUGUAAGAGUCUCUCGACUUUUGACAGUUUUGACUUUCAAUUGACAGAUUUACAUUGUUGUUAUGGAGUAACUAAGGAGAUUCUUUCAGUUGACAGAUUUACAUUGUUGUUAUGGAGUAACUAGG